CAGCGACGCAAAGCAGCCACCCAGGCAACAGGCACAUGCCAUCAUAAAAUGGAACGACCACCGGAAAUUUCCAUGGAUGGCGUCCACGGGCAACGACGGAACAUCUCGUGCUAGGCGAACGACGGAACAUCUCCCGCUAGGCGAAGGGAACGAGGACGGCACCAAGCCGAAAUCCAAUUGAUCCAUCGCCAACAACAAAAAUGUCGGCAGAGCUCGUGCUGGCGGCCCUGGGCGGGGCAGACCUCUGUUUGAAAUACGGCGCCAUCCUAGUCGAGGCCUACAGAGCCUUCAAGGGCGCGAGCGAUACCAUAAAAGAAAAGAUCCUGACCUUCGAGGCCAUGUGGAGCCGCACGAGGCUGCAAAUAAAGUUCCUGGGCCGCGUCGCCGGCUCGCUCGGCGAGGAGCACUAUCGCGUCCAACUCCAGGUCCUUGAAAUGCUUAAAAGCAAGCUCCUGCUCGCCAGCAGCAAGCUCGAGUCGGUCAAGUCCAAAAACAAGUCGGAGGCGGGAAAAGGCGAGGGCGUUGGCAUUAGCCGCUGGAAGUAUAUGAUGGUGCGCAACUCGCUCGACGAAACAAUUGAGAGCCUCGAGCGCUGGCAGCGCAUUUUCGACCCGUCGUGGUUCCUGAUGCUGCGCGUCGCCGACGGGGUUAUCGACUCGGAGCUAUCAAACUCCGCGCAGGCGCCAGUGUCGGAAGUCGCCAGGGGCGAUGGCGGCGGCGGCUCGAAAUUGGUGGCAGCUCAGAAGCUCCGCGUCUCCAUCAGGGGCGACGCCAGCGAUAUCCACGUCAGCCUGCCUGUUGACGGCCUCGAUUUGGCCACAGCCGCCAACAUCGCGCAUUCCGAAACAAAACUAAUCCGACGCGCCGGCGGCUCGUCCAAACUGUUCGCCGUCGAUGCCAUCGCCUUUGCUCAAAACACCGACCCCGCCCGCGCCCGCUUCGACGCCGAAGCGCUCGCCAAAAAACUAAAACACGUCGAGUACGGCGGCGGCGUCCUCCCUUGCCACGGCCUCAUCAAGCGCCGCGAUGCCGCCACCAAACGACUGUCCUCAAUCGACCUCGUGUUCGCCAUCCCCCCGCAGCUCACCGAGCACCAGCCUCACCCACAAACCCUCCGCAGUGCCCUCCAGGCCGGCGCUAUGCCCGCCCGCACCAGCCUCUCCGCCGUUCUGGGCGUCGCGCGCCAGCUCGCCGAGGCCGUCAGCUUCCUACACACGUGCGACUUUGUGCACAAAAACGUCCGGCCCGAAACGGUCCUUUUGUUCAACCAGGAACUGGACCCUGCGGGAAAAUGGCGGGACAGCGAAAUGGGGUCCGCGUACCUGGUUGGGUUCGAUUCAUUCAGGGGCGCGAUGUCGCAUACGGCCAGGAAAGGCGACAACGAUUGGCGGCGCGACUUGUACCGGCACCCGUCGCGGCAGGGACUGCUGGCGCAUGACAAUUACAUUAUGCAGCACGAUGUGUACAGUUUGGGCGUGUGUUUGCUCGAGUUGGGGGUUGGGCGGAGCUUUAUCGAGUAUUCGGAGGCUAAGGGGGAGCAGCAGCUUCGGGCGCGUCCGAGCGACGUGCUCUUGGACGUUACCGCCGUGGACAAAGAGGCCGACAAAGACGGGGCGGUCCCCGCCACCAAUAAGGCGAUGCUCCAACAACACCCGGGCUUGGGCUUAAGUGCAUCUUCCGGCCUUUUCUCGGCGUCGGACGCCCAACGCGGCGGCGUCGGGCUUAAGGACCACCUGGUCCGGCUAGCGAAGGCGCGCCUGCCCGCGCGCAUGGGAGACCUGUACACGGCCGUCGUAGUCACUUGCCUCACGUGCCUAGACCGCGACAAUGGCGACUUUGGGGACGAAGAGGACAUAUGUGACGAGGAUGGGAUCCUGAUUGGGGUGCGCUUUAUCGAAAGGGUGUUGCUUCGGCUCAACAACAUUUCGGUUUAA